AGGAGUGCGAACGAUUUUGCGCACGCUUGCAGUGUUUGUGUAGGGCUUUCAGCCAGUCACCAGAUGAGCUCUCAGGAUCGAGUCUGGAUUGCGGUUUUCGGACGCCUAGGAUCACGUUUCCAAAAUGAUUUUUCAAAUGAUUUUUCAAUUGCUGGUUCUAUUGCUGGUCAUCAAGGCUUGGCUGUACAGAGCCGAUGUACCUGUCCUUCCGCGCAGCGAAUGCCAUCCCGGAACGAACCAGAAAAGGAGUUUUACACUGCAACCACUAGCUCAAGCAAACACCGCAGCAUCUCAAUAUGAGAGAGGUGGUUUACUACGGUAUAUCUGUCCUGCCAUCGUACGAAAUACCAUUGCUGAAGUCAUCUCAUCAAAUUAUAUGUUGGUAUCUGCCUAAAGAUAUAACAUUACUGUCUGUCUGCACUCCUUUGCCCUGCUGUAUGGUCGUCA